AUGGUCUUGCACAUCAAACAUCACUAAAAUAAAUAUAUCAAAAUAUUUAUAAGUAUAAAUUCGAUAAAAUGCUAUUUUACUGUAAUAGCCAUCUUCAUCUGUAAAAAGGGCAUUAGAAAUUUACCUUUUAACAUAUAAUUAAUGCAAGGUUGACUUUGAGCCAGCCUCAUUUAGAAGAUUGAAUAAUCAUAUCACUUAUCCAACAUUGAUAACCCACUGAUAGAGUCCAAAAUGCCACCGAAAAAGAAAAAAUCGACUGUAAGCCCAAUUGUGGUAGGAACAGUAUCUACCAGAUCAACCCGGAGGCAAAGUGUCGUGAACAUAGAAAUUCCAAAAUCGAGUAGAACUCCAGUUAAACAUACUUUUAAAGCUCCUAGUGAUGGCACUCCAAAAGGAAAUAGUGAACUUUCAGCGGUCGAAAGCCUUUCAGAAAAAAUUAAGCAAACUUAUAAUAAAAUGCUUAAUAGAAUCUUAGAACCGUCCAUUCAAACGUCUCUAAAACAGUCACCUCUCCUAAAAAAUGACAACAGUAAAUUUUCCAAGCCUCAAAGAGAAUCUACAUUAAACAUUAAAUCGAAAGUAAAGAGUAAUGAAGCUUUAUUGCAAAUUUUGGAAGAUUGGACUGACGACGAAAGUCAGGAUGACAAAAAAGAAUCUUCAGAGUCAGAGCCUGGAACAGAAAAUGUUCAAGAAACUGUUAAUAGCGAUGAAAGUGAAGGUACUAUUUCCGAUUUGGUGUCUUUGAUUCAACGUCAACCUGAAAUUAUUGCAGAAAGUGUAACGGAAAUUUCUCCAAAUCAGUAUCAAAUAUCUGUUGAGGAACAAGAAAGUAUUCAAAAAGAAGUGGAAAUUAAAAUAGAAGAAAUGUCCAAACCAGACAACUCAGAAGCUGAAGUAAUUCAGGCGUACAUUAUAGAAGAAAACGAAUCUCUUCCUAUAGAAGAGCACGUAGAAGAAAUUGUUGCAUUCGACGAGGAAAAUAUCGUCGAAUGUGUGACUGAGGAAGUUAUUACAGACAACGAUCAAUUCGUUUUAAUGGAUUCCGCUGAAGACAGUCCAGCAACCGUUUUUGAAAUCACUCAACAAGAAUUUCCGCCAUUACAAGAAACAAAUAAAAGUGAAUUUAUUGCUACCAUCUUGCCAACUUCGGAAAAGUUGGCAAGGGGAAACAAAGAAAUUAUAGCGGAUAAUUAUAUUGUGGAAGAGACCAGUCAAUCUGUUUCUACCACCGAUUCUAAUGAUGCAGAGGUGCGAAGUUUUUUUACCAAAGAAAUAGAAAGUAAUAAGACGGUUAAGGAGGAAGACAUACCGAUCUUAGAAUAUGAAGUAGAACAGUCAAGUUCCAGCAAUGAGAAUGCAGAUUCUGUAGGUUCGAUAUUCGAAGAAAACGUUGAAAGUGAAGCUCUAGUAGAGACUGGGAUAAACGUAGCAACUUCGGAAGAAUAUAAGAGAAGAUCAGCCAACAACUCUGACAGUUUUGAAGGAGACAAUAAAUUAAAAAGUGUUCCUACAGAAAAAUCAUUCUUAGAAGAACACGACACUGUUAAGGGUGAAGGUGAUGUUGCAAUUGAAGAUACGGCUUCAAGUAAGGAAACUGUUGAAGCGAUGGAUGUUGCAGAAGAUACAAGUGAAGAUACCAUAGAAAAUAAAGUUGCUCAGAUGCAUUUGGUAGACGAAAUUAUAAAAGAAGAAGAUACGAGCGAGGAACUGACAGAAAUGUUUAAUAAAUCUACCGUCGAUUUGAAUUAUUCUCUGAAGGAAGACAUCGAGGAAGUAAUUGGUGUAAAAGCCAGUCGUGGGUAUUCAAAAGGUCAAAUUAAACAGGAAGACGAAGAUGAAUGUUUGAAGAAACUAUCGGACAGUUUAGAUUUAUUAACCGAGAGACCCAAAACUCGUAGAACUAGAACUAUCGAUACUAAAACAACACCGAAAGAAGUCGAGGAACUGUCGGAGACAAAAUCAAUUAAAAAUGCCAAAUCUAAAGAAAAAAAAAUUACUAAAACCAAAGAUAACAAAUCUAGGGAGCCAAAAUCCUUGAAAGAAGCGAGGAAUAGAAAGAAAUCUACUCCUCCCCAGCUUGUUAAAAAAGUAAAGGAGAAAGUUGAGAAGAAGGAGGGGGGAAAGGCUGACAAAAAAGAUGCCGGUAAGAAAAUCACGAAAAACGAUAGCGAUCAACUAAAAAGAUCCUCGAAAUCUGAUAACACAGACUCCGAGGAUACUGAAGUUCGUCGUUCUAGCAGAAUAAAAUCCAUAAGUGUCUUGAAAAAGAAAACGACAGGCCACGGUUUGGUAAGAUCGAAAUCCGAGCCAAUACUCAACGAAUCCGACGUUUCCGAUAGCAAUUCCACUCAUACAGAGUCAGAGAAGAGUACACCAUCGGCAUCUCCCAAAGUCGUAUUGAAAGAUAGAAAAACUAGGUGGGCAAAGUCCACUGAAAAUUUGUGCGAUUCACAAAAUACAACUGACUCAGUAACAAAAGGUGAUAAUCAGUUGUCCGAAGUAACCAGGAUGGAAGUUGACGAAAAACCUAAAUUACCCGUUAGAGAUCCUGUGGUAACGGCAAGGCUCAAGCAAUUCGUACACUUGAAGGAGAACAUGUACAAAACCGACAGGAUGACUUGCAAAGAGGCGAAGAAGAUGACUUGCGAUUGCUUUCUGACAACUGAGGAGAUUGAGUCCAACGAGUACGGUUGCGGGGAAGAUUGCCUGAAUAGGUUGCUGCUGAUAGAAUGCGGUAAUUUGUGUCAAGUCGGAGACAGGUGUACAAAUAAACGGUUUCAAAAGGGCCAAUUCGCCCCAGUGGAAGUUUUCAACGCGGAUAAGAAAGGACUUGGUUUGAGAGCAGCCGCAAACAUACCAUACGGUGAAUUCAUAUUGGAAUAUGUCGGAGAAGUCUUAAAUUGUGACGAAUUUGAUAAAAGGGCGGAAGUUUAUUCUGAGGAUAAGAAUAUCCAUUAUUAUUUCAUGUCUUUAAGAGCCGAUGCCAUCAUCGACGCAACAAUGAAAGGAAACAUUUCCAGAUUUAUUAAUCAUUCCUGUGACCCGAACGCUGAGACUCAGAAAUGGACGGUGAACGGAGAGCUGAGAAUAGGUUUUUUCAGCACCAGGACGAUAUUGGCCGGCGAAGAGAUUACGUUCGAUUACAGAUUUCAAAGAUACGGAAAGGAGGCCCAGAAGUGCUAUUGCGAGGCGGCGAUAUGCCGGGGCUGGCUUGGCGAACAACCCGACGAAGACUCCGAAGACGAGGACGAAGAAGAAGAGGAGGAGGAAGAGGAAGCCGAAGAAACAGUAGCCGUUGCUAAAGCAGAGGUUCCCACACCGGAAGCGGUUGAAAUGAAGACGAUCGAGGAUGACACGAAGAUGGAAGUUGUGGAGGAAGGCGUACCUACGGAUAUUAAAGUUGAAAAGGUUGAAACUGAACCAGUAACCGUUACGGUUACUCCCAAGAGGAAAUCGCCACGUAAAAAACCGAGGAAAGACCUGUUUGAAGAGUUGGAUCAAUUGGACGAGGAAAUAGAAAUGCUGAUUACGACUGGGCUGAAAAAUCAAGCUCACACAUUAAAGCUGAGUCGACUAAUGGUGAGGGCGAAAGAACCGCCUCAGAGGACGAAACUGUUGCGGAUUUUGAGGAGAGGCGAGCUGCCGUGCAGAAGAUUGUUCUUGGAUUAUCAUGGAUUGAGAUUGAUGCACGGCUAUAUGAUAGAUGCUCAGCAUUUGGUGCACAACGAUAAAAAAUACGAAUCCCUGAGGCUUGAAAUGCUUCAGACGUUGGCCGUCCUCCCGAUUCCCAACAAAACAAUGCUACAAGACAGUAAAGUGUUACCGACGGUAGAAAAGUGGGCCACAGACAAAGACCUCGGUUCGCCCCAAGACUCCGACAGCAACUCGCCCAAGACCGAACAAGACGUCCCUCAACCUCGCCCUCCCUUGGAAGAAACGAACAAAGACAAGGUUAAAGAUCCGAGGAAAAUGGAUGUCGAACCGAAGAAAGAAGAGGAAAAAUCAGACCGUAGCAUAGAAGACCAAGAGGAGGAAAUCCGGUUCUUGGCGUCGAAACUCCUGGAGGGCUGGGCCAACUUAAAGGAGGUGUUCCGGAUCCCGAAGAAGGAGAGGAUCGAGCAGAUGAAGGAGCACGAGAGGGAGGCGAACAAGAAAUUCAUGCAGGGCGGCUACGGCAACGAACCGGACAGCGGGCGAAAGAGCGACAGGUACCGCCACCUGUCCAGGUAUAAAACGGAGAGGGAAAUCUUCAGGAAAGGGUCCAAGUCGGAGGAGAAGCCGAGCGCCGAAUUUAUAAGACUGAGCAAGAUCGAACGGAGGAAGUUGUUUGCUCUCCAGCACGAAUUGAAGGAGGAGGAACGCAGGUUGAAGCAAAGGGAGAUGUGGAGGCAGCACGAGCUGAAUUGCAUGUUGAUAGGGACGGAUCCCAGGUUUACGGCACCUUUUGACCCCAGUAGAGGGUACCAGUGCAUUUGGAAUCCCCAAAUAGGUCAGUGGCAGAAUUACCCGUUACCCGCUCAAAACCAAAUGAUGUUCACCGCCCAGGCCCCCACCGCCAGCAUGGGUGCCAUGGCCAACUUAACCAUGCCCCCACCGCAGUUACAGGCCGCGAAAACAGUCUCCAACUUUCCGUACUCCCAGCAAAUUUCCAUCGCCACUUCAUUAAACGGGGCAAUCGCCCAACUCCCCACCAGCAUGGCUAUCACUGCUCAGGUACAACCGUCGCAGCCGAGUAACGUGCCCCAGAUGCACAUUCAGCAGCAAGUGGUGAAUAGCGUCGCGCAGAUAACCUCCAUGCAGGGCAUCCCCGGGGCUCUGCCGCAGAAUAUACCCACCCAUCCACUUCCUACGAGUAUACCAGCUCAACCCCCACUGCCGCAGUAUCCGGAGCAGGUGAAGGAAGAAGAUCCCUUGCAGGUUAAAUUCAUGGGCCCCAUCCCCCCACCCGCGAAACUACCGCCCAAGUGGAAGUGUGCCAAAGACAAGUACGGGAGACCGUAUUACUACCACGUCAAGAUGCGGAAAAGCCAGUGGGAGCCGCCACCCUUCAUCGAACCCGUCGACGAGGCCAUGGAAUCCUCGGAAUCCGAGACGAGCUCCGAUACAAGCAGCAUCAGCUCGGACACCAGUUCGGAGAACUCGGACAGCGAUGACGAUAUCGACGACACCCGUCUCCUCUUGGAAGUAAGGAAGCAAAUGGAGAAAUCCGCCAAGUUGACCGUAAAAUCCGUCAUCCCCGAACACGUGAAAACGGAAGAGAUACCAACUCCUAGUCCGGACGAUAAAAAUUCGGAGGACGAGAUGGAGAACGACGUAGAUGUGGCCGCUUCAUUCCUCGACGAUGACACGGAGAGGCCUUCCAUAGAUAUAAGGCUCAAGGAGCAGUUCAAUCUGUUGAAGGACGAUAAUCCGCCGAAAAAGAAGCGCAGGAUAGGGUUGUGCGAGGAGAUAAUGAUUAGCCCGAGAAGCGAGGAGGAUAAGCAGCAGUUCAAGGAAGACCUGAAACGGUACAAGGCGAACAAGGAGAAGCUGAAACGGCAGAAGGAGUUCAUAAUGCAGCAGACCCGGAAGCAGCUGAGAGAGGUGGAUACGAAGAAGACACGGGACAAACGCACCCGAUCGGCCCUAAAGUCCCGCAUAAAGGAAAUGCCGGACUUCAACAGCGAGCAGGCCAAGAAAAUAAAGGAGAGCUUCAGGGCUAACAUGGCGUCCACAGUGGUGGGGUCGCUUAACGCUUAUCGGAAACCGGAUUGCAAGGAGGGACGGAUCACGAACACGGAAGACUUCAAGCAUUUGGCUCGGAAGUUGACUCAUUUCGUGAUGCUGAAGGAGAUGAAGCACAUAGAGAAGAUAGAAGACUUAACGUGUACAGAUAACGUCAAGUCCAAAGCGAGAGAGUACAUAAAGAAAUACAUGAGCAAGUUCGGCGAGAUGUACGUGAAACGGAACGAUUCCCCCGACUUCAAAGACUAACCCUCAUGACGUGGAUCUGUGAUAACUUUUUAAAGAAACUCAUUUGUGUAGAGUAGCUUUUUUAUUUUGUGGGUGUUUUCCAUGUAUUUAUUUUGUAAUUAUCUCCUGUAUAUAGUUGAUGAAGUUGUAAUUUCAUAUUUCUUAGGACGUGUAAAAUAAAUUGGACGAAAAAUUGUUUUUAGCUUU